AAAAAACACGUAUUUCAAGUUCAAACCAAUCUUUGUUUAUUUUUAAAUAGGCAAAUGAUACGGACAGCUUAUUGUUAAGGCGGUAGACUCAAACUGAAGCGAGUGAAACGGCUUUUCUAGAAAAAGGGCUUGUUUGUCUUUAUUAUCAAAUUGAAAUCUUUUUUUCAUCAUGAAAACCUCUAAACCAGCACCGCAGAGCUCACCUCGGGAAGAAUGUGGAGUUUGGUUGGACACAGUUAAGUUAAAGGCAAAGGUUAAACAGAAACGCCCUGCCCGUCCAAUCUCUAAACUGUUGAAUCCCUUGGCUGAAGGUGGGGGUUACAGCUUGGCUGUUGCUCUCAACUUCACUCAGACUAAAAUGCAGAUGCCAAAGACUAAACAGAGCUCCAUAUCAGCUUUUUUUGCACCUAAACAUAAAGUUCUUCACAGGCUGUCUUCCACUGACGGACCAAACCUGGAUCCAGCGCAGCCUUCGUCACCGUCCACCUCAACUGAGCCCUCGACUGUCCCAUCUGUGAGAAAACGAGCACGCGAAAUAUGUUCUGAAGAAUCGGACUUGAAGGAGUCUGGUGUGGAUUACGAUUUGGAAAAUGAAAAUGUGCCAGAGACCAAAGCAAGAACAUGGCAGAAUGAAAGAACCCCCUGGUCAGCUUUACUAAAGUGUGAAUCUGUAGAGUGUAAACCCCCUCAGUGCAAGAGGAGCCUUCAUGAGUCCUCACUGUUGCCUGAGGACAGUCAAACCUGUCCACAGCCAUGGACUCAGGACCCUUUGAUCACCUAUGGCAAGUACUGUGAGGACUUCAGCAGCUCUGGGUCAAGUUUUCUAGAUAGUGUUCAGAAUUCAGAGGGCUAUGGCCAUCUAAUAGAUGUGGAGGGGAAAACAUCAACUCAGAAACCUGCUGGAAACUGUUCUCAUAUAAACAAUGAGAAAGAAAACAGCAGAUUAGUCUCCUGUAAGUCCCCAAGUAAACCUAUUUCUAUGUCUCAUCUUGGAACUCUGUCAAAUCAUAAGUGGGCAGAACAGAAAAAUGCUUCGCCACAAAAACAACCAGAUCAUUCAGGGAACCGUCUUGUAAAAGAAGCACACUUUGACUCAUUGUGGAGAAAACCAAGAAGCUCUCCUCUUAAGAAGCAGCAGAAAUGCAAGGAACCAGACGAGGACAGCUUGGCCACGUUGUUCACUCAGGACUCUGAGGGCUUCAGGGUGAUAGCACAUCGAGGUCUCCAGACCAGGAGCCCACUCAAGGAUCAGAGCAACCUCAGCACUGGCUUGGUGAGAAGUUGUGCUUACAAACCUGUGGUGAAGGAGGAGGAAGAUGAAGAGGAUGAAAUGCUCUUUACCCAAGACUCCCAGGGAAACAUGGUGAUCAAACACUGAAGCAAUAUUUCUGUCCAACAAAAAGGAGAUUUUGACUCAUUUGUUCUGAGUUUUAACUGGGAUUUCUUGUAGUCCCUGAAUUUUUCUUCUUUUAGAGAAAACUCUUACAAGUCAGAACUGAGAGAUUUUAUCUUUAUUUGAAAAGUGAUAAGCAUUACAUAAACCUAUCGUAAAUUAAGCAUUUGUUUCAUGUAUAUUUCUCUCUGUCCUAUUCUGGUGCUCUGUGCUAUAUUUUAUUACAAAUUAAAGUGAUGUACAAAGACAUAAAGAGUGUUUGCUACAGA